UUUUAAAUGGCAAGAAGACAAUGAGCUUGACAACAGAUUUCCACUUAGUCUCUGCAGAAUAAAUCUUAGCCUGACAGUGGAUUUAGACGUUGAUAUAUGCUGUAAUGGUGAACGGCAUGGGGUCACUGCAAACUGGCUGGAUGAUUUUGGGCCUGAUUUUCCCCCGAACAACCAAGGGUUUGUGGCCAGAAUGGAGGCUGGUUGCACUGCUCGUUAGAGUCAAUUGGAUUAUUCUGCUUCUUCUAAUUGAGUCGGACAACUCCCAAGUUAAUAUCAAACAUAUUUAUGAUUCAACAUUGGGCCUAACCCUUUGAGCGCUGUGCUAUUUUUAACCAUUGUGUCUCACCUGGAUAUUUUGUCUCUAAACAAAACUUUAACCGGAGCUUCUCUAUGUAUGUCCAACACUCUAGCAUCAAAACAUUGUAUAAAUGCUUAUUAGCAGUUCAGGCUUACAGAAAAGAGCCAGCGGGCGUUUGAGCUGAGGGCUGAAGGGCGGGACUUACUAGUCUUAUAAAAACAGAUGGUUGUACUGCCGAAUCAUCCACAGAGACACGCAGCGUCACUGUUCUAAGAUCUAAGCCUACCUCCAAAAAUACAAAAUGAGGGAAAUUGUACAUCUCCAGGCUGGCCAGUGCGGAAACCAAAUCGGUGCCAAGUUUUGGGAGGUGAUCAGUGACGAGCAUGGAAUUGACCCAACUGGGAAGUACCAUGGUGACAGAGACCUGCAGCUGGACAGGAUCAAUGUCUACUACAAUGAAGUCACUGGUUGCAGAUAUGUUCCCCGUGCUGUGCUGGUGGAUCUGGAGCCAGGCACCAUGGACUCUGUGAGGUCCGGACCCUUUGGCCAGGUCUUCAGCCCAGACAACUUUGUUUGUGGCCUGAGUGGUGCUGGCAACAACUGGGCCAAAGGUCACUACACAGAGGGUGCAGAGUUGGUGGACUCUGUCCUGGAUGUAGUGAGGAAGGAGGCGGAGAGCUGUGAUUGCCUGCAGGGCUUCCAGCUCACACACUCCCUUGGUGGUGGUACGGGCUCCGGUAUGGGCACACUGCUCAUCAGCAAAAUCCGUGAAGAAUACCCCGACCGCAUCAUGAGCACCUUCAGCGUGGUGCCUUCCCCCAAAGUAUCAGACACAGUAGUUGAGCCCUACAACGCCACACUAUCAGUACAUCAGCUAGUAGAAAACACAGACAGCACCUUCUGCAUUGACAACGAGGCUCUGUAUGACAUCUGUUUCCGCACCCUCAAGCUCACAACCCCCACAUAUGGUGACCUCAACCACCUUGUCUCUGCCACCAUGAGCGGUGUCACCACCUGUCUCAGGUUCCCUGGACAGCUCAAUGCUGACCUGAGAAAGCUGGCUGUAAACAUGGUGCCAUUCCCCCGUCUGCACUUCUUCAUACCAGGCUUCGCUCCCCUCACAAGCAGAGGCAGCCAGCAGUACAGAUCCCUCACCGUUCCAGAGCUCACCCAGCAGAUGUUCGACGCCAAGAACAUGAUGGCUGCCUGCGACCCGCGUCACGGCCGCUACCUGGCGGUGGCUGCCAUCUUCCGUGGCCGUAUGUCCAUGAAGGAGGUGGACGAGCAGAUGCUGAAUGUGCAGAACAAAAACAGCAGCUACUUUGUCGAAUGGAUCCCCAACAACGUCAAGACCGCCGUCUGCGACAUUCCUCCCCGUGGCCUCAAGAUGGCCGCCACCUUCAUCAGUAACAACACAGUCAUCCAGGAGUUGUUCAGGCGCAUCUCUGAGCAGUUCACAGCUAUGUUCAGGCGCAAAGCUUUCCUCCACUGGUACACCGGCGAGGGUAUGGAUGAGAUGGAGUUCAAGGAGGCAGAGAGCAACCUGAACGACCUGGUGUCUGAGUACCAGCAGUACCAGGACGCCACCGCCGAGGAGGAGGGAGAGUUUGAGGAGGAAGGCGAGGAGGAGCUUGCCUAAACCUUAAAAGCUGUGCUGUUCCAUGAAAAUGU